AUGGGAUUGCGCCUUACUGCUGCAAAAUGUCAUCCAGAAAAGUGUGGCUCAAUGAGUGUGAGUUACCCUUUCUGGAUAAACAAUUCUAGUAGUGGAUACCCUGGUUUUGAUAUCACAUGCGAGAAGGAUAAAGUUACUGGGAUGUUAGCUCCGUUCUUUUAUGUCAAUGUUGGUAAUUAUACCGAUGGGAAGCUUAAAGGUAAUUUUAAAGGUGGGUUUCUUUAUCCUUAUAAGAUCAUGGAGAUCUGUUAUACGGGUUACCUUGUCAUAGACUCCUAUUAUAACUAUGCUUGGAUGUGUGAAAACGUCUUUGGGACAACGUACUUUGAUCUACCUUCAGAUGGGCCUUUCACUAAUUCAAACUCCAAUACAUCCGGUACCUACAGUUUUGGGGGUCUGGGAGAGGUGAUAUGUGUAGCAAUUUGUGACCCUCUAGAGGAUGACCAUGAGUUUCUUAAUGAAAUUACAAUUCUCUCCCAGAUAAAUCAUAGAAACAUAAUGAAAUUGUUAGGUUGCUGCAUCCAAACUAAAUUUCCAUUGCUGGCAUCUGAAUUCGUUCCGAAUGGAACAUUGUUUGAACAUUUACACUCCAAAGAAAGGUUUUUGUCAUGGGCUUCACGUCUGCAGAUUGCAAUCGAGACAGCAGAGGCUUUGACAUAUCUACACUCUGGAGCAUCUCAACCCAUUUUCCACCGGGAUGUAAAAUCAUCUAACAGUCUUUUGAAUGAGAGACUCUCUCCCAAACUUGAAGAUUUUGGGAUUUGUCGUCUCAUCUCCGCUUCCAAUAACACACAUCUCACCACUAAUAAUAUAAUGGGCACAAGGGGUUAUUUAGAUCCUGAGUACUUCCAAACGUAUCAACUCACCGACAAAAGUGAUGUAUACAGUUUUGGUGUAGUCCUGGUUGAGCUUUUAACAUCUCUACAACCCAUCUGUACAGAAAGAGCCAGCAACGGGUGGAGUUUAUCUAGUCUUUUCCUUCCAAACUUCAUGACAACCGGUUCACAGAAAUCCUGGAUAGAAAAGUAUUGGAGGAGGGAAACCUGCUACAGAUGGAAGAUAUGGGAAGGUUAG